AUGUCUACUCCUGGUCGCAUCGUAGAGUGGACCGCGAGUGACGGACGAAAAGGCAGACUCACAGGCACCGGUAAACCACGACUCACUGCAGCCAGCCUUGCGAAGGUACCUUCUGAACAGCGGCCGGCAAAGGAGCUAGCAGGCGCGAAAGGCACCCCGAAGAAACCAGCUUCUACCAAGCCCGCCGCCAAUGGAGACGACCUUUGGGCUGGUAAUGGGUGGGGUGACGCCAAUGCAAAGAGCGAAUCGAAGAAGUCGAGCUCGAAGAAGGCCUCAAGUAACAAAGGUGAUGCAUGGGUCGUGCAGGAAUUGGGCAAUGACGCAAGUGAUCCUGUGGCAGUCACCUGGGACCCUACUCCGGAUGCUACAGGUGGCGACGACAAAAAUGAGAAGAAAGAUGACCCCGCAGAUGCUUGGAACACAACGACUGCCCCAGAGAACAACAUACCCCCACAAGAUGAUAGCAAGAAGGACGGCGAGUCAGAUGUAUGGACAAAAGAGCAGGAUGAAAAGCUCCUACAGAUGAAAACCGUGGAUUCAAAGAGUUGGGCUGAGGUUCUUCAAGAGAUCAGUGGCAAGACCAAAAAGAGUUGUCAGGACCGUCUCAAAGAGCUCAGACCGGACGGAUGGACAGCUAACGAGGUCGAGAAAGGGGGUGGGGGUAAGAAAGGGAAGAAGGGGAAGCACGCAAAUCAGAAUGGUGGGAAUACUAAGAAGGAUGAUACGAAGAAAGAGGAAACAGUGGAUGAUGGUGGGAUAUUUGGUGCCACGUUUGGAGAAGAUACGGGUAACAGCAAAGACGAGUGUGAUGACAAGAACAAUUCUGGUGACAAAGCACCCGAUACGUGGGGCGGUACUGCAAACUGGGACUUCGCUGGGGGAGAUGCUGCAGGUACCGGUACGAAUGCUUGGGAAACCCAAGUUGGAUGGGGCACUGGCGCCACUACGGGUGGUGGAGACGGCGCGAAUGAUGCUGCCGCGAGCUGGGACAAUAUCGGUGGAAACAACAGGAGUAAAGGGACGAACAACAACCAGAAAAACAACACCGGCGGCGGUGCCGGAGGUGCGAAAGCUUCAAGGCAGAAAGCCCCUUCAAACCAAAUGCCUCCGCGGGCGCCCGCUCAGCCCAAUACCAGCAACGGCAACAACAACAACAACAAUAACGCCCGUCCUAUCGCCGCUCGUCCUCUCGAACUCGAAGUAAAACCCGACGAUACUUUCUCCGCCGAUGACUUGCGUCUAGUCGCUCGCAUCUUACAACAAGAUUGCUCAAUGGUAUGGAAUAGGGUCAGCUGGCGAUUCAGGGACAAGACAGGCAGGACGCUUCAUCCUGAUGAGUUCGAGAAGAGGAUCACUGGGCGUCUAGAGGGCAAAGGCAGCGAGACGGGUGAGCGGAGGCGGUAG